GUCAUAUAACCAUGCAAAGCAAAGCAAACAUACAGAAAAAGAUGGCUUCCCGCAGCAUUGGGUUGUUGGCACUUGUCUGCUUGCUCAGCUUGAGCAAUGCCCAUAGGGUCCUCAAAAUCAAGGACCCAAGUGGGCAUGAAAUGAAAAUGAGAAUGCAAAAACCCAUGGGCCAAGGCGUUGGCAUUGGCAUUGGGACUGGAAGUGGAACUGGGGAAGGUGUAGGCAUUGGGAGGGGUAUUGGUGAAGGUGGUGAUGGUGAAGGAUUUGGAGAGGGCUAUGGAAAAGGCAUUGGAGAAGGUGGAGAUGGGAAAGGAUUUGGAGAGGGUUACGGAAAAGGCAUUGGUGAAGGCGGUGAUAGAGAAGGAUUCGGAGAGGGCUAUGGCAAAGGCAUUGGAGAAGGCGGAGAUGGGAAAGGAUUUGGAGAGGGCUACGGAAAAGGCAUUGGUGAAGGCGGUGAUAGAGAAGGAUUCGGAGAGGGCUAUGGCAAAGGCAUUGGUGAAGGUGGAGAUGGGAAAGGAUUCGGAGAAGGCUCUGGAAAAGGCAUUGGUGAAGGCGGAGAUGGGAAAGGAUUUGGAGAGGGCUUCGGAAAAGGCAUUGGUGAAGGUGGAGAUGGGAAAGGAUUUGGAGAGGGCUACGGAAAAGGCAUUGGUGAAGGUGGAGAUGGAGGAUUCCGAGAGGGCUAUGGCAAAAGCAUUGGUGAAGGUGGACAUGGGAAAGGAUUCGGAGAGGGCUAUGGAAAAGGUAUUGGUGGAAAAGGUAUUGGUGGAAAAGGUAUUGGUGAAGGCAGUGAUAGAGAAGGAUUUAAAGAGGGCUAUGGAAAAGGCAUUGGUGAAGGUAGUGAUGGUGAAGGGAUUGGAAUGGGCUAUGGUGUUGGCAGAGGCUCUGGCAAAGGUGUUGGGCAUGGAAAAGGCAUUGGUGAAGGUAGUGGAAGAGACGCUGGCACUGGUAUUGGCAUUGGGCGAGGUUCUGGAGACAGUGGAUAUGGGGAGGGUCGAGGAGUUGGUAUUGGGACUGGGCAUGGUGAUAGCGGGUUUGGUUACGGAAGCAAUUGCGGUGGGGGCUUUUACGUUCCUCUCCCAGGUUGCGGUUGUAGUUACCCAAGUGAGCCAGACCCAGAUCAGUCAAUUGAUUGGUACCAAGUUUGCAAGGCAUGUAGUUACCCGGGUGCGCCGGGCUGUGGCUGCCCUGAAAGCUCACUUUAUAGGUACCAUAUCUGCAACAGUUAUGGUGUCCUCCACCGAGCAGGCCAGGGUGGACAAGGAGAACGCAUGCAACCAGAUUCAUCAACCAACACACCAAAUGCUGCAAAGCUACAUAACUAGAGAACUUUAUGAAGUCUGUACGUAAAAGUAAAAGCUUAAGAAAAUAAAAUACUAGUGCAAUUCUAAUGAA